UGCUUCCGGGUGGAAGGGUUUACUUCCGGAGAGCGGGAAGGCUGAAACGCGGCGUCUAAGCUGGAGUAGGGUUUGCAAGGUUCUGGGUGGAGAAGGCUGCCGCUAUGGACAGGAGCAGUUUUGGAGAGAUGUCAUCCCCUGUGGUGCGGGAGGCAGAAGUGACGAGGACUGCACGGAAACAGAGCGCUCAAAAAAGAGUUUUACUUCGACCAUCCCAGGAUGAAAUUUUUACUAAUAGCACACCAAGAAACCAAGUUAUACCUCAGACUCCUAGUUCAUUUCGACCACCUUUUACACCACCAAACCGGAGUUUACUGAGGCAGCCAGAUGUUGCUUCCCUUCUUGGAACAGGAGGGAGGUCUCCUCGACUUACGCAGUCUUCUGGGUUCUUGGGAAAUCUGUCUAUGGUAACUAAUCUGGAUGACAGUAACUGGGCUGCUGCAUUCUCAUCACAGCGUUCUGGGCUCUUCCCAAACACAGAGCCCCACAGUGUAACGGAGGACGUCACUCUCAGCGCUGUUAUGUUACGUGAGGAUGAUCCCGGAGAAGCUGCAUCCAUGAGUAUGUUUUCAGAUUUCCUGCAUUCUUUUUUAAAACACUCUUCAACUACAGUUUUUGACCUUGUAGAAGAAUAUGAAAACAUUUGUGGUAGUCAGGUGAAUAUACUGAGUAAAAUAGUGAGCCGAGCAACACCUGGACUGCAAAAGUUUUCAAAAACAGCCAGUAUGCUCUGGCUUCUUCAACAGGAGAUGGUCACAUGGAGGCUGCUGGCUUCUUUGUAUAGAGACAGAAUACAGUGUGCACUGGAAGAUGAAAAUAUGUUUGCAGUUGCCACUCUUAAUGCCAGUGAGAAAGCAGUUGUGGAAGCUUUGUUUCAGAGGGAUUCACUUGUGCGACAAAGUCAGCUGGUAGUAGAUUGGUUAGAGAGCAUUGCCAAAGACGAAAUUGGAGAUUUUUCUGAUAAUAUUGAAUUUUAUGCAAAAUCAGUUUAUUGGGAAAAUACAUUGCAUAGCUUGAAGCAGCGUCAGCUGUCCUCUUACAUAGGAAGUGUCCGUUCUCUUGUCACUGAGUUGGACCCUGAUGCUCCCAUAAGACAGAAAAUGCCCCUUGAUGACCUGGAUAGAGAAGAUGAAGUCAGAUUACUCAAGUACCUUUUUACUCUAAUCCGAGCUGGAAUGACAGAAGAGGCACAAAGACUCUGUAAGCGUUGUGGUCAGGCAUGGAGAGCUGCAACACUUGAAGGCUGGAAACUGUAUCAUGACCCUAAUGUUAAUGGAGGAACAGAAUUAGAACCUGUUGAAGGGAAUCCAUAUAGAUGCAUCUGGAAAAUAAGUUGUUGGAGAAUGGCAGAAGAUGAGCUGUUUAAUAGAUAUGAAAGAGCAAUUUAUGCAGCUUUAAGUGGGAAUCUUAAGCAGCUGCUUCCCGUCUGUGACACCUGGGAAGACACAGUGUGGGCUUACUUUCGGGUCAUGGUGGACAGUUUGGUAGAACAAGAGAUCCGGACGUCAGUGAUAACUCUGGAUGAAGUUGAAGAACUCCCUAGAGAAUACUUGGAAGCAAAUUGGACUUUAGAAAAAGUUUUUGAAGAACUUCAAGCUACUGAUAAAAAGAGAGUUCUAGAAGAAAAUCAAGAACAUUAUCAUGUUGUUCAAAAAUUCCUUAUCCUGGGAGACAUUGAUGGUUUGAUGGAUGAGUUUAGCAGAUGGCUUUCCAAAAGCAGAAAUAAUCUACCUGGACACCUCCUCCGCUUCAUGACUCACCUUAUUUUGUUUUUCCGCACUCUUGGACUGCAGACCAAAGAAGAAGUUUGCAUUGAAGUUUUAAAGACAUAUAUACAGCUUUUAAUAAAUGAGAAGCAUACAAAUCUGAUAGCAUUUUACACCUGUCACUUGCCACAAGAUCUAGCAGUGGCCCAGUAUGCACUGUUUCUGGAAGGUGUCACAGAAUUUGAGCAGCGCCAUCAUUGUCUGGAACUGGCCAAAGAAGCAGAUUUGGAUAUUGCAACUAUAACAAAAACAGUAGUUGAAAAUAUUCGAAAGAAAGAUAAUGGUGAAUUCAGUCAUCAUGACCUGGCGCCAGCCCUGGAUACUGGCACUACUGAGGAGGACCGUUUAAAGAUUGAUGUAAUUGACUGGUUGGUGUUUGACCCAGCACAGAGGGCAGAAGCACUAAAGCAAGGCAAUGCGAUAAUGAGGAAAUUCUUGGCAUCAAAAAAACACGAAGCUGCAAAAGAAGUAUUUGUGAAAAUUCCUCAGGAUUCCAUAGCAGAAAUCUAUAAUCAGUGGGAGGAACAAGGAAUGGAAAGUCCACUUCCAGCUGAGGAUGAUAAUGCUAUUCGAGAACAUUUGUGCAUUAGGGCUUAUUUGGAAGCUCAUGAAACCUUUAAUGAGUGGUUUAAGCAUAUGAAUUCAGCUCCACAAAAACCUACUUUGAUACCUCAAGCAACUUUUACUGAGAAAGUGGCUCAUGAACACAAAGAAAAGAAAUACGAGAUGGAUUACAAUAUUUGGAAAGGGCAUUUGGAUGCUCUAACGGCUGAUGUGAAGGAGAAGAUGUACAAUGUCUUGUUGUUUGUUGAUGGAGGGUGGAUGGUUGAUGUUAGAGAGGAUGCUGAAGAAGACCAUGAAAGAACACAUCAAAUGAUCUUACUGAGGAAGCUUUGUCUGCCAAUGUUGUGUUUUCUUCUUCACACCAUAUUGCAUAGUACUGGUCAGUAUCAGGAAUGCCUACAGUUGGCAGACAUGGUAUCCUCUGAGCGACACAAACUGUAUCUGGUAUUUUCUAAGGAAGAACUCAAGAAAUUGCUACAAAAGUUAAGAGAAUCCUCUCUAAUGCUCCUGGACCAGGGACUUGAUCCAUUAGGUUAUGAAAUACAGUCAUAAUUUACCUAUUCUCUAUAAUUGCACUAAUUUCCAUGACAAUGGAGUUUUUUUAUAUAAAAUAUGUAUUUGUAAUUAUUGGGUGUUUCUUUUGGGUUGGGGAGGCUAAAAUUUAGACAUUUGAAUUUUGUACUUUUUACAAUGUAACAUUUUGAAAACUUUAUGUGUCAUACCAGUAUUUCCAUGUGUUUAUUAAUAAAAUUCCAUAAAAAUUAAAAUUUUGUUUUUAUAAAU